GUUUGUCAUGUCGUGACCAUCGGGAGUAGGUGGACGACUAUAUAUGCCACAAAACCACGUUGUUCUCGUUCAGUUUCUUCAAAACCGAUCCACACGACACGCCCUUACAAAAACCAUCUGCUUUUCACGUUUAUUCAAGAUGUUGGAUUGUCGAGGCAUCGUUUUGAUCCUGAUUUCAUCAGCAGUAGUUGUCAGGGGGAAUCCAAAGUUUGAUGAUGGAGGGUUCGUCCCGAGUUCAAUGGUUUAUUUGGAGAAGAACGGAAAAUCGCAGGAUCAAAUAGCCAUGCCUUCUCAAGUAGAGCUACGAAGCGAGACGUCGACGAAACGAGGUGACACGGAAUCCAACAGUAUUAUGGAUCGCAGCCAGGAUGCUCGAUUUGGUUUCACGAAUCUUGGUACCACAGGAAGUGGUUACGGGGUAUCGACUUAUGCGCCCACGAAGAUAGACUUGGGUGGCCUACUAUUAGGCGCCAUUAUAGGAAUAGGUUCCAUCCUCAUCAUUCCUAAAUUGCUGUACGUUCUAUCUGGAACUUAUGGUCAUUAUGCAAGAAGUGAAGACAGCGGCAUCACUCAAAUUAUGACUAAAUUAGAUGACGUGUUAGCACGUCAUGGAAUCGACACUACAUCCUGCAUGCAACGAGCUGUGUGCACGUAUUCGCAACAGGCAGCAUCGUCCGUCAGAGAAGGGAAUCAAUUAAACGACGACGAGAAAGUGUCGUCCUUCGAUCGCAUGAUCAACACCGUUACAACGAAUCAGAUUUUCCGCACCGCUAUGGAGGGUACCGCGAUAGAAGAAGCUAUCGAAGCAGGGAAGAACGGUCGAAGUUGCUCGCGCGCUUAUCCCCAUUGCGGAUUUUCUAUGGAGACCAUCCUGUCCCUGUUAUCAAACGUAAUCGCAACUGUCUCCUCGGUUAACACUGAAAUCACGAGUCCCACGGGAACUGGAACGUUGUAAUUCGUAAAAAUCAACGUACAGAAGCAUUUUAGUUUAGAAUUGAAACGUUGAAAAUGUUAAGGAAAUGUACAGAAAUGUUACUAAGGAUACUUGAACGCCAUAAAAACGAAACAAGUAUUAGAUUAUUCCAUAAGUUCACGUUUCGUUUAUGGCUGAAGUAAACGUAGAAUUACCCCGGUCCCAACGAAGAGAUCUUAGUUGUUAAUCGCAGGUGAAACAGUUGCAGGCAACUCGAGAAAUUAAAGCACACAUGUGUACAAUGAUUGUUCUUGUAUAAUUAUUAUUUCUGUUUCACAUCUUACACAUGCGCGAAGCAAGAAAAGUGAAAUUGUCAUCGCGUGAAGCGACGAUGUGUCGUUACUCAGCGCACUUUACCGUGUCACGAGACAACUUUCAUUCGUUGCGAACACUUGUUUCUUGCAGGAUCUUCGUGUAAGAUAAAUGAGCAUAACGAUCUCUGCUAUCUCGUUGUUUGUUGACGUUAGAACAAGGUAGACGCGGUCUACGACUCCCAAUCUGUACACUAAUCUUUUACAAAUAUAUAGUUUCCAUUUCUUUUCCUUAACCCUUUCACUGCACAUCAGUGAAUAACUGUAAGAAAAAAAAAACAUUCUAAGCAGUAUCAAUAUUAUGUUAAUUGCAUAAGGUAGCAAGUGAAUAAUUAUAAUUGUAUGCAGUGAAAGGGUUAGAAGCAAUCUGCGUGCGAGGUCUUCAUUCCUAAGAUAAAAGUGAAACGAAUUGUCUAAAAUUGAUAUCGUCGCUUGAACGAUCGACGUUGAAAUUGAAACUUAAGUUCCCAAAAAUAGUGAACUCUUGGAUUCUUAGAUAAAUUGUAAAGCACUAUGAUACAUAUACAUUAGUAAAAUGCGAUUUUUCCUUUCACAGAAAAA